AAGGUGACAAAGUUCAUAUCUAUGUUACGUCAGGACAUCCUGGUUACCAUAAAUCAAGACUUUGGAGCAUUAAUACUGGUUUAUGGGAAAGAGCGGGUUCAAACGAUGAGCGUGUUAGUCCCAAAGAUAUGUCUGAGUUCUUGAGGAAGAGAAAGGACGCGGCUGAAAGGAAUCAAAAUCAGUAUGAGGUGUAUCCUCCUGCAAAGCGACAUGCAGUACCAUUGCCUGGCAAUGACGUAAUAAGACAACAAGCUGAAAAAUUCUAUAUGAUGGACUGGGUGGAAAAAAAUCGAUGUUUAGAAUUUGGGGAGAGUGUGCAUGUAGAAUUAAAUCUAUUUAGCAGCAGUGACAAUCUCUCCAAGAGGCUUAAGGAAGUCGUUCCUAAAAAUAUAUCGGCUUUUGGGAAUACAGAUGGUGGUUUCAUGUUUAUUGGUAUACAUGACAAAAGUCAAGAAGUCAUUGGGUGUGGUAGGGGGCUUAAUGCAGAGGCAUUGCAAAGUAUGGUUGAAGAUGUGUGCAGGAAGUCAGAGGCAAUUCAUACCUCUGACUGCAAGAAGAAGAAUACGAGCUGGUCUCCAGAGUGUAGACUUAUCAAAGUCAUCACUCCGAAAUCCUCAGAAGCUGAUGCAUAUGUGGUGGCCAUCAAGAUUCCAGUAUUUUGCUGUGCUGUCUUUGAGAAAGAUCCAAACUCAUGGCACAUUGAGGAAGGCACGGUUUGUAGACUGAGAGCUCCUGUGUGGAUGAAGAAAAUGCAGCUCUCAGACCCAGAUGAGGACCUGUGUGAACGCUUUCAGAAUGUGCUGAGUCUACGAGAUGCCCCACCUCAGUGUAAACCAGUGUACAGCAUCGAGUCGUUGACACACGUACAGGAGAAACUUUUUCCUGUUCCAGAGAAUAAUAUCGAGGUGGUGCCAGAUGCCUUUAAAAACAAGGCGCUCACUGAUGCCAUCCUCAAUGCCAACUCAGCAAAGAGUCCGGGAAUUUGCAUUUGCUCCCAAAGUUGGGCAGUUGAUAUAGAUCUCUCCAAGAAUAAUGAUGUAAUUUGUGAGGCUCUGAUCAUCAGCACAGGCAGUUAUCCCACUCUCUGCUGUGUGGUUGAAACGGAUGGUCCUGAUUUGUGGAAAUAUGCAACAAAUACAGCAUUCCAUCUGAAGCAGAAGCUGGUGAACGUGGGAGGCUAUACAGGCAAACUCUGUGUAAUCCCCCAACUAGUGUACAGCCAGAACUGGACAGUGCUGAACCACCCCUCACUAUACCCCAAUAGUUAUAGACUCAACCAGGAAAAAGACGUGAAAGCCCUUCUCCGCUCCUUGGUGAUUGUAGUGACGAAUUUCACCUCCCUAUUAAGUGAUGAAAUUGGCUGUGAGUUCCUUAAUUUGCUAACAGAAGAACAGUUUAAAUUUCUUCAGACCUAUGGUGGAAUCAAGAAUCUCUUCAUUCAUGGUGUGCCUGGAUCUGGGAAGACAUUGAUUGCCAUGGCGCUCAUAAGAAGGAUCAAGAACUUUUUUUGCUGCGAGGAAAAAAAUAUCCUUUACCUUUGUGAAAAUGUUGGAUUGAGAGACUUCAUGAGAAAACAAAACCUCUGCCAGUGUGAGACAAGAGUAAAGUUUUUAGCUGAAUGCACAGAUUUCUCGGCAGUAAAACACAUCAUUGUGGACGAAGCCCAGAACUUUCGUGUGGAAAAUGGGGAAAGCAACUGGUAUGAGAAGGCACUGAAUCUGAGAGGAGCGGAUGGGAUGUUCUGGGUGUUUCUGGACUACCACCAGAAAUGCCAUAAUUUUCCAGAUGGCCUUCCACCGCUUUCUGACCAAAACAUGGUUGUCUUGCACAAAGUUGUUCGUAAUUCUGCAAAAGUCCUGGAAGCUAUGCAGUGUCUAAUGCAUAAGAUAAUUGAGGGCCCACAAUCUGAGGUAAUACAACAUUUAGCAGCUAUAGACAAGCAGAUGGAACUGAGCCACUCAUUCCAAGGCUCCUGUAUCAUCAGAAAAGAGGCACCUGGAAAGGAGGUGGAUCUUGUGCUCCAGAUCCUACAGCAUCUCCACUCUCAGGGCCACACUGCUGGACACGUCGCUGUGCUCUUUUCAACACAGGAGCAGCUGGCUGCAGAGGAGUUCAAACUGAAGACAAAAUUCCCCAUUCUUUUCAGCAGUGUGCAGGAACAGAUCUGCCAGAACAAAUGCAAUGAGCUCUAA